UGCAGGUAUGCUAUCAGCCUUUCGAGAAGGUCUGUACAACCCUAACGUCGCGGGUUCCGCUUCAAUACACGGUUCGCGAGGCGACAUGGGAAGAUGGCUUACAUUCAUUGUGCUGACGGCAAUAAUCCUUGCUCAUCACGCAAAUUGCCGCAAACGCCGGGGAACAGGAAGGCAUUCGCGAUCAGAUUGUGGGCGUUCGGAACCAUUAGGUCGCAUCAUCAACGGAGAAAAAAUGAGCAAGUUACAAAUACCGUGGAUUGUUUACGUGACCACAACCUUAAGAAACGAGAACGGCCAAAAUCAGAUGCUACGCUGUGGUGGAAGCAUUUUAACAAAUAAGGUCAUAUUAACAGCGGCGCAUUGCGUGCAACGUCCUAACGAGACCUUGGUCGACGCCACCGUCUACUACAACACGAGCGAAGCCUCGGUAGGACAUAAGUCGCCAGUGCAUCGAGUUAUUGUUCACCCUAAAUACAAAGAUAUCAACGAAGGCUAUGAUAUUGCUAUGAUGAGUCUGGCGGAGCCACUUCAUUAUGACCGAUACGUAAGGCCCAUCUGCUUACCGAAGAAAAGCAGGACACUUGCCGAAAGGCCUGUUCUGGCUGCAGGCUGGGGAUACACUAAUCCAGGUGUUACAAGUUACAGAAUACGGAGUAGGAUUUUUAAUUCAUAAGGACAUAGCGAGAAACAUUGAUGGAUUCUACAGCACUAAUCAGAGGGUAGCCGUAGUCGUAAUAAAGCUGAGUAGGAUUUAUAGAAUAAAGGUAAUAGGAACCUUACGCUCCAACCUCCAGUCGCAAUGAUGAAGAAAUAGACCGGUUUUAAGAAGAUGUUCAAUUAACCUUUAAAAUAGCGCAAAAUAGGUAGGCUGUAGUCGUAACCGGCUUCAAUACAAAAGUGGGAAAGAACACGCUGGAAAACAAUUGGCAGCUAGCGAAUUAAUUCCAGGAAUAGCAGAGGAGAGAUGUUGGUAGAAUUUGCGGAAGGACUACGAAUAAUGAAUACCUUCAUGAGGAAGCGUAUUAACAGUCUGUAGACGAGCUAAAGGUCUAAUAAAGAGACAUCAAAUGAAAUAGAUCUGAUAC